UCUCAUAACUUUGACAUUGGACAUUUAUUUGUACACAUAGACGUCGAUGACACAAUUUAUUUACUUAACAUGACUUAAAUAUUAGUUGCUUACUUUUUAUCAUUUGACUCUUGUGAAAAACGGGAUUUUUAAAACAAUGAAAAAAACAUUUAAAGAAAUGAAUCUCGCUCCUGUUAUCAAAAGAGUACUUUGUCCAGCGACAACAUUUUUCACUGUAAACCAGUUUGUAAAACGAGCGAUUCAGAUAGACAAAAAGUGUAGAUAUUUGACUGGCUUAGAUGCAAGUGAAACACGCUUCGACGGUGAGAUCGUGCUGUUUUUCAUCGGAAUUGACCAUACAACCUUUCUAUCAGACCUACAUCAAUCGGAAAAAAUACACAUAGAUAAUAUAUCACAGAAAGACUAUGAACACGCACUAAAGGGAAGGAAAACCAAUAGAGCCAAUAAAAGUAUUUUCAUAACAGUUACAAGAAGCGACGAAAUCUCAACGGCAGCACAGUUUUUGGAUGGCUUGAUCAUAAUUGGAAACAGCGAUGGUCUUAAAGGUGAACGUCUGACCGAUUCUAGAAAGUGUGAGUUUAUUGAAACUUGUACACAAGAAAAUCUGCCAUCGACAGUUAAAAAAAAUGUAGAGCGGAUUGUCUUGCACUACAUGAAAGAUGCCGUCCUGAAGCUGCAGCGCAAUUACGACUCAAAAAGGAAACUGCCGUUUAAUCACAAAGAUGCAUCUUCUUUAAGAUAUCACCAAGCACAUAAUGGCCACGCGACUACCGACAUUAUCGAAUAUGAAGGAAAUAGUCAUGAUAAGAAGGCAGUAGACAAUCAAAGAAAAAUAUCCGAAGUUCUGCCUAGUUUGAACGAAAGUGACAUGUCCAUCACAAGAUCGGGAAAGAGAAUAAGGUGCAGUUUUGACGACACAGAGAGAGUCAACGAAAAUGAACGAGAACGUGCUUUGAUGAAAGACACUCUACAUGAGGCGUUUGCUUUGUUCUCGAUGAGCUAUAUCCCAAGGAAUGAAAACCCUUUCCAAGUGAAGUAUCGAUGGGAGCCAGUUUUGAGUUCAGAGCUACGAAAUGCUUUGUAUCGUGUUGAUAGACGCAUAUAUGGUUGCGGAUUCCGAAACUUCACUUUGGAUGUAUUCGUCAACAUUGCACAACGUAUUCCUACCACAGAUGAACGACAGUCGUUAACACACAGAAUUGAAACAACAGCAAAGGAAUUUAAAAUAGAUGAUGUCGAUGUGAACUUUGGAAGGAGUAUUUCCGAGUUAGAAGUUUACUUUUGGAGCGCGGAAGAGGAGCCGAGAAUUGGGAAAGUAGUGAUUCCAGAUUUUGAUGAAAGAGAGACAAACACGAAACUUGUACUUCUUAAGGACAUAAUGGUAUACGAUGAUGAUCUCAACGCAAUAAUCCCAAAACGGAUGUUCCAGAAAGGUCAUAGCGGGGCAAUAGUUUGCUAUGAUGAUGAAAGUAAUGGGCGAGUGCGCGUCUUUGCAAUGUUCAUGGGCGCACUGAACUACAAGGAUAUUGAAGACAAAACGAACGGUUGGCGGAUUCAAGGGGAAUAUCGAUCAUUUCCAGUGAGUGAGGGAUUGAGGCAGCUGAAUGAGGAACAUGGAAGGAUAUUUGACCUUUGCUGA